AUGAAUCUGGAACUGCGCUCAAAUGACAGUUUAGACCGUCAGGUCAGCGCUUAUAUCAGCGAAGGGCGUUUUCACGUGGCCCUACUGUCACUCAUCAUUCUUGUUGUCUGGGUUAUCUAUGUCUUUUUUUACAAUGCGCGUCUCUUCGGAAUUUUAUCCUCGCUGGUCCUUAGAAAGUUUGUAAAAAAUGGAUUUAUCAAAAUAGAUUUAUCCAACCGUCGGCUUUACGUCUAUCUGUAUGGACUCGAUGUUCAUAUUUUCAAUCGAACGUCUGUUUAUGAUAACCUUCGGAAGCUGUUCGAGCUAAAUCCCCAAACGAAUAAUUCUCAUAAUCCCGAGGAUGAUCACCGACGACAUCCUUCCUUAGUUAUCAUUCAUCCUGAUGCUUCUUACCCUACGUCAACCGAUCAUGAUCCUAUUCAUCCAGAAACCGAACCGGCUACAGAAAGUUCUAUGGGUUGGCUAUGGGCACGGUGCGAGUUGCUCUUCCCAGUUGUCAAGUUCAAUUUGGAAAUGUCUAAAGUAACGUUUGGAAAUCACCUUAUGCCCCGGACACUCGUUCUCACCUGUCACAAAGCAAACGGUGUCUACAGCACAGAACCCACAUCCUACGCUUUUGGCAAGUACCUUCACGUCAUGAAACUGGACUUUUCUAACUUCAUGGGUUCUUUGGCCGCUGUGUCAAAGUAUUCCGGACACUACGCGACUGAAGACCCUCCAAAAGGAGCGGAAAUCUACGUUUUCAAUUUCGGCAAGGGAAAGAUUACCUACGAACAGGACGAACCAGAUUGGGGCCUGAUAAGAAAUGCAGGCAAUCUCAGUUUCGACGAAGGCGGUCAAAACUCUCGUGACGUACCUAAAUGGGACAUGUCUGUCAACGUGAGCAAGGACUUUCUGCUGGCCUACGGACCUUGGGCUGAUAGGCAGAGGGAAAUUAUCUGGAAGUUUUUCUUUCCCGCCUCCUAUCGUCCCUUGGAGGUUCCCCGAGCCGACGAACUGAAUCCUCACCGAGCCAAUGAGAGGUUUCUGCUCAAAGUCAUCAGUCAAACUGACGUCCGCCUCGACCUCUGGUUCUCGGCCGACCGCGUAGCAAAGUCAUUUUCAGUGUUGGGCAAGUCAAACUCUGUCUUUGAGCUGAACUUGCCCUGGACCAGCGGCCCCAAUGGUUUCACCUCGAGUAUGCAUCUGUGUCUAUCCCACGGUCGCCUCGUCACUGACUGCCUCUGGCCGGAAGUCUUGCUGACCUCGGAGUUUAAGAUGGAUCUGCGGAUACACUACCCCCUCGAGUGGAAUGCACUGCAAACCUGGGACUUUGAUAUUGACGGAAAGGAGGCCAAAUUUUGCUUCCUUUACAAUCAGAAGAACUACUUCAAGGAAUUCUUCGAGGACUGGUCAUCUGGAUCACGGCCUGAUAUUCUCUCCUUUGUGCCCUACAUAUACACCUUCCGCAUCAACACGCGGCCCCUUGAACUGCGGUUGCUGGCAAACGACUUCAAUUGGGUCACGCCGACUCCCGAAAACGGUGCGUUUUUCGCCCAACCCUGUCUCCUCCUCCCCCCCCUCCCCGGAUUGCAGGUUAUUCUAUGUUAUCCAGCGACCCCUUACCAAAAAAGAGUGCGUAGGACGCAUUACUUGGUAUCCCCGUAUAACGGGUAA